AUCGAAUCAUCUCCCCCUCCACAAUGGCACCAUUCGGAACUAUCUUCUCAUACCCCAACAACCCCCGUGUGUUGAAGGUAAGCCAGCAGCCCAACACAGCACCUACCUCCUGCACAAGCUUUGAGAUCGGCCCCUCCACAAGUACUGAUGUACAUUCGUUCCUGGCUAAUAUCAUCCUCAAUGUGAUAGGUCCAAGCCGCCGGCAGCCUCAAUGGCCUCGAAGUAGUCUACGCACCCGAUUUCACCAUGGGCAAGACCAACAAGGAAUCCGAAUUCCUCGCCAAGUUCCCACUGGGCAAGGUCCCCGCGUUCGAAAGUGCCGAUGGCCUCAAACUCUGGGGCUCGGAUGCCAUCGCUCAGUAUGUCGCUGAGAGUGGCCCUGCCGCUACCCAGCUUCUCGGAGCUGAUACCGCCCAGCGGGCUGUCAUUAGACAAUGGGUGGACUUUGCUGAGGGCGAGAUCAUGGCUUCCCUCGUUCCGCUGCUGCUAUGGCGUGUCAAGUUGACCCAAUACAAUGAGACUAUCGAGAGAAUCUCGCUCCAGAACGUGGAGCGCUGCUUGGCCACCCUUGAGCAGCAUCUCAAGGGCCGUACCUGGAUUGCUACCGAGGACAAGCUGAGCUUGGCCGAUAUCAGUGUGAUCUCGGCUGUCUACUGGGGCUUCAGCAGAAUUAUCGACGCUGAAAUGCGUGAGAAAUACCCUACUUUCGUGGCCUGGUAUAACAAGGCCACCGAGGCUGAAGAGAUCAAGCACAUCUAUGCCGAAAAGUCAUUUAUCGAGAAGCGUGAGGCCUAUCAGGGUUAAAUUUGCGCUUUACACAUGUGUAAAUAGCGUUAUAGUAAAUUAGAACAUAUCAUGAGACAUGAAUGAAUGCAGUGCAUCCCCUGUUGCAGGCUACACAUCCGUUUAUCCUACGACAAUACCUG